AUGGCUAUUACAGUUUUCGGACGUUCUGUAUCUGCUUUUAAUCUUAUAUUAUUCUACGUCCUUAAAGAAUUAGGAUUAUCUUAUGAAUUCGUUCAAACAACUCCCGAAGAAGUUAAUUCUCCAGAUUAUUUAGCUACCAAACAUCCUUUCGGUAGAACUCCUUCUCUCAACGAUGACGGAUUCCAAAUUUAUGAAACUCGUGCAAUAGCUCGUUAUUUGAUAAACAAAUAUCAAGGAACCAAAUCUUCCACCGUUCUUAUUCCUUCUGAUGUACAAAAAGCAGCUUUGGUAGAACAAUUCAUUUCAGUAGAGACCUCUUAUUAUACUCAACCUCUGAAUAAAAUGCUUACGCAAUUAAUAUUGGUGAAAAAACAAGGCAAUGAACCUGAUCUUAAAAUUGUUAACGAAACUCGCGAAGAAAUUGAAAAAAAUUUAGAUGUUUAA